CUCUGAUGGUGCUGCAGAGCAGGAACAAUGGGCUUGGUUGCCAAACGAGCGGUAUCUCAGAACAUUGAACGGGGACACCAGAAUAGCAAAUAAAUAUCAGACACAUGGCUCUCUUCUGUGCCAUGUUUCCGUUGAUUGCUUGUGGUCAUCUGUAUGGCACGAAUCGCGGGUGGCACUUCAUAUUGAUUGCGUUAAGAGCCAUAUUCCAAGGCCAACCGCGCAGUCCUGGUUUGAAGAUGCAAUGUCCUGAAAAUGUCGAGGAUCAACCAUCUGCGCAAAAGGUUGAUAAUGGCUCAAUGACGGCUUAUUAUCCGGGCUGUUGUUAGGGUAAUGUCUUAUCCGAAGAGGGCUCGUCUGAUAUCAUACUAUGGUUGAUCCAUCCCGCGGUGU